AUGUGCCGUUUUUCCGACAUGGAUUCCGAGGUGAAGUCCCAAUUAAUUACAGGCUGCCUGUCGGAAAAAGUCCGCCAGAAGGGACUCAUGAACUCAGAUAUGUCACUACAUGACUUAAUAAACUACGCAAGGACAACGGAGACGAUAGCGUCGCACCUACAAACAAUGCGACUGGAAGACAACAACAUCGCUACUGCUACAACCGCCCCAAUAAACAAAGUCGCAGACGAACAGCGCCAACCAAGCAACUAUCCCCGGCAAUACCAGUGCAAGAAUUGCAACGGAAAAUAUCCUCAUGAGCGGGGACCGACGUCUUGCCCUCUAUGUCUCUUGAGUAUCUAUCUAUCUAUCUAUCUAUCUAUGUCUUUUGACCAUCUAUCUCUUUUGAACAUCUACCUAUGUCUUUUGAACAUCUAUCUAUCUAUUCCCUUUAUUUUCACUCACUUUUUUCUUUUGUUUUUAUUCUCUCUUUUUAUCCUUAUUAAUCAGUCACUUAAUUGUCUUUCUUUAAUUCCCUGCGUCUGUUUCUUUCUCCUUUAA